GUCAUUCGACCAACCGUUUAUGUUCCUCGACACGACUGAAAUAUGGCUAAUUCAACGCUUGCUGUUAGCGUCAAGAAUAAACUAACAUGUGCUUUAUGUCAAGGAAUUUACAGAAAUCCCAAAAUGCUGCCCUGUUUACACAGUUUCUGCUUCGCGUGCGUCAAGGAGCUCCAGAGAAAAACGAAGCUGUUCGAGCGGGUUCAUUGCCCUUUAUGUAAAUAUGGAGUCAACAUUGUCGAUAACGUAGCGUUGCAAGCACUACCAUCACCAUUCUUCAUCACCUCUUUACAAAAACUACUCGGAUGUGAAGAGGACAACGUGAAGUUUUCUUGUAGUAGUUGUGACAGUAAUGCUUCAGCAACAUCGUUCUGUUUCGACUGUAAGUGCUUUGUUUGUUCUGAAUGUAUACAAAUCCAUGAGCACAUGAGGACGAUGCGUUCUCAUCGUAUAAUGGAACUUGAAGACAUCCAUUCGCAAGACAUGAGGGAACUUGUAAAGGAAAUGAGAAAUUGCAAGCGCAAAUCCCAUCAGACUGAACCUCUGGAAUUCUAUUGUGUCGACUGUGGAGAAUGUAUAUGCGAGAAGUGCCAGACAACAGACCACCAGCAUCAUAGGGUCCACAAAAUACAAGAUGCAAAGGUACAAACAGACGAACAAAUCAAUGAAUUUAUCGAUGGACUAAAUUUGAAAAUUUCCUCUUGUCAGUUUGUACUUGAGAAAAUGGAGUCAAGUUACAAUAGUGCCGUUGAAAAAAUUGUCGAAGUCAGAAAAACCGUUCGUGACAAAGUGACCGCACUUGUUAAUGUACUUAGAACUCACGAGAAGAAUAUGGUCAGCCAACUCGAACAGAUUCAGUUAGAUCUGAGACAAAACAUCUUUUCAAAUAAAAAAGGUUACGAAAUCUUAUUACUCCAAAUGGUGAAGACUAGGGACGUCGCGAAAGAGAUAGUGGAUCGAGGGAUUGACAUUGAGAUGCUUAAUCUUCAUAAUUCAUUGCUUCAAAGACUUAAUGAAUUGAUGAGUAUUCCUGUUGAAAAAAACAAGCAUAAAUCUAUUACGUUUGACUACGCGCAUAAUGCUAGCGUCUUGAGGGAUUUAGAGAAUACAGAUAUUGGUAGGAUCAAGAUCAGUUUCACUGACCCAACCACUUCGGAAAUAUUAAACGAAAACCUCUCAGUAACAGCUACUGGCGAAAGACAGAUCUUCACAGUUGUAACGAGAGAUUCCGAAGGCGAUAUAUGUUAUUCCGAAGAUGAUAGACUGUCGGUUUCAAUUCAGUCAGAGGAAGGCUAUACGAUUCAUCCCCGAAUUGACAACUCGGAAGAUGGAAAUUACAAAAUUUACUUUCAGACUCCCCUGAAAACUGAUGUUUUAAUGGUGCACGUUUUAGUAAUGGGUACAGAAAUCCGGGGAAGUCCUUACCAAAUCAAUGUUAUGUCCAACAGGGACUAUCAACGUGAAAGUUUACUAAGCGAAAUUCCUCGGUCGAUUGGUUCUGAUCAAGGACUUGUCAGUCCAGUAAUGUCUGCUGUCUCGGUCUUUGGUUUAAACAAACGACAUUUUGGCCGACCAUGUGGGAUAUCGUCCAAUGGAAGCUGCGACGUAUUUGCAGUUGCAGACUCAAAGAAUGCAACAAUACAUGUGCUUGGCAUUGAAGGCAAAGUCCUUAGGAGAUUGGGGCACGACAGAAACGUGCAUUUGUCUAACCCAGUCGGUACUACGUUCGAUCAGGAUGAUAACAUAUUUGUUACGGACUGUGACGAUCACGUGGUAAAAGUGUUUGAUCCUUUGGGUAAUUGUACGCGCACAUUUGGGUCCAGGCACCUUCAGAGGCCAUUAGGCAUAUGUCGUAUGCCAGACGGGUCUUCAUUCAUAUGCGAUUCAGUAUCACGGAGUGUUAAAAGAUUCUCAUUUAAGGGAUCGUUUGAAGGUGAAUUCAAAAGUCCUGAUGUCCACCCGUCCGGUAAAGCAGUAGCACCAUAUUUCAUCGCUCAUCACAAAGACAAGCUUUUCGUGACGUUUGAUAAUCAUUCAGUCCAAGUUUUUGACAUUGAAGGCAAAUACCUCUAUAAGAUUGGGAACAAAGGACAUGGCGAAGGUCGUUUUAAAGAUCCACGUGGAGUUGCUGUGGAUGCUUACGAACGUCUGUUUGUCUGUGACACUGGGAACCAUCGUGUCCAGGUAUUUUCAGAGGACGGAAGAGUUUCAUUGUUUGGAUCGUAUGGGGCACAACUUGGACAAUUUGAUCGGCCACAGGAUAUUGCUCUAGCGAGUGAUGGGUCAGCAUUCGUGACAGACUACAAUAAUGCAAGAAUACAAGCGUUUCGACUUAAUUAACAUGUCCGAUUUUCCAGGUCGUUGCGAUAACAGCAGUAAAUAACUGACAGUGAUAUUGACCAUUAUGUAUGCUACCAACUAGUUACCAAGAGCCAGCAGCUCUCUUUCUGUUGAUGUUUGUUAGAACUCGAACUGCGAUCGGAACAACCAACGCGAUUGAAGUAGGCGCGAUUCUUCAUAUUCAGCUACAACCAUAGUUAGGACAAAUAACAAAUGUUAUUUUGUAUGACUUUAAUUUACAAAUUGUAUAUGUUCUUUCAAAAUGAAUGUAUAAGAACAACAAAUGAAUUGGAAAAACCGACACGAGGCAAAGUGAGCGAUAAGAAGCUAAGGCCAGCCUUGUUUUUCGUGCGGUUUGUGUUUUUUAGUUA